AUGAUCUAUAAAACUUCAAAAGAAAUUUAAAAGAGUGACUAAAGAAUAAUUUAAUAAAGAGUAGAGAAUUCAAUUAUUAAUAAUCAAAUAUAUCAAAAAUCUCUUAAGCGAAAAACAAGCAAAAGAAAAGUAAGGCACUAAGCAAACAAAAAAAAUUUUUAAAAAGAAAUGUCUGAAGUUGAGGAUACUUUAAAUAGAAUAAAGACACAUAAAACAGUUUUAGGCUACUUGAUUGUUAAUAGUGAAGGUGGUGUUGUUAGAGGUGCCUUUAAGGAUGAGGAAGAAAGCAAAAAUAUCGCAAAUUCAAUUCCUCUACUCACAAAAAAGGCUCGCUCUGUUGUAAGAGACUUAGACCCUACAAAUGAUUUAGUUUUCUUGCGUAUAUAAACUAAGCUUAAUGAGAUUAUGGUUGCUCCUGAUGAUGAAUUCUCUUUAAUCGUAAUAUAAACUAAAGGUGAAAAGCGUGAUGAAAACGAUUGA